UCAAAACAAAAAAUAUGGCGUCUAGCAAAACUACGAAGGAAAAAAUCCAGUAAAAACUUCAUUUUAGAGCUUUAUAUUACACAAACAAAGAAGUAUUUUUUGCACAUGUAUUGUCUACAAGAAUGCUAGACCUUGAGGUUGUACCCGAACGAUCUCUAGGAAACGAACAAUGGGAGUUUAUAUUGGGUAUGCCAUUUUACCAAGCAGUAAAUAUACUGAAAAGACAAGACCGAGUGAUCAAAGGAGUUCAAGUUUGGUACAGCAAUCAGGGACCAUUGAACAUGGAUUUGGUGAUAUAUUUGUCUCAGGAUGGGAUUCGACUCAUAUUUGAUCCAGUCUCACAAAGGUUAAAGGUGAUAGAAGUUAACUGUUUGAGUAAAGUCAAGUUAAAAUACUGUGGGGUACAUUUCAACACUAGUCAGAUACACCCCACUAUAGAACAGAUAGACCAGUCAUUUGGAGCAACCCACCCAGGAGUUUACAACUCAGAGAAGCAGCUUUUUGUGUUGAAUUUUAGAGGACUGUCCUUUGACUUUCCUAUUGAGUCAAAGUUUGAGCCUCGCUAUGCUCAUGGCCUAGGAUCUUUACAGUUUCCCAACGGAGCCUCUCCAGUUGUCUCAAGAAUGUGUAUAUACUCCGGUAACAGUCUGCUUGAAACUAGAGCUCCACCUUUACCUAUUACAUGUUACCAUGGCAACUGUUAUGUAGAUUGUUUAGAGGUGAUCAGGGACAGUAAGCUGACCAGAGCCCUCAAAUUUAUUCUUUUCACUGAAGGUAACGAACCAGGGAAGUUGUUAGAUCCAAGAAAGAAGAUUGUUGAAAGAAUUGUAAACUUUGGUGAUUGUCCAAAUGAUGUGAUAAGUGCCUUAGGCUGCCCGGAGAAAGUAUUUUACAAAUCAGAUGAUAAAAUGAAGAUUCAUACCCCUGACGCUCAUAGACGGGUUCGGGCUAAAUCAUCAGACUACUUCUAUAACUAUUUCACUAUGGGAGUCGACAUUUUAUUUGAUGCAAACACUCAUCAGGUGAAGAAGUUUGUACUUCACACAAAUUAUCCAGGUCAUUAUAACUUCAAUAUGUAUUGCAGAUGUGAAUUCAAGAUUCCAGUGAUUAUCGAGAGGGAGAAACCACAGCCACUUGCUCAGACAGGAGAAAUUGAGGAGGAAGAAAUUAUAAUAACGGCAUACUCAAAGUGGGACGCAGUGCAAAAGUCAUUGGUAAGACCAGAUAAUCGCCCUGUAAUUUUGAACAGAGCUUCGUCAACUAAUACCAGCAAUCCGUUUGGCUCUACAUUCUGCUAUGGAGUGCAGGAUAUGAUAUUUGAAGUCAUGCAGAACCAGCAUAUAGCAUCAGUCGCCAUAUAUCAACAGAAACAAGUUGCUCCUGUUGCCGUCUCUUGACAAAUACUGUUGCCUAGGUUACUCACUGCCCUGACCAAUGAUAUCGCAGUCUGCUAGUCACAUGAUCACAUCUCUAAAAAACUGCCAACUAAAUUCAAUCGGCGUUUUUGUGUCUAAAAGUGUUCUAGACUAUCUUCUAGUAACUCAUUAUUGCUAGCAUAUAUCUAACGUUAUCUGUAUACACCUUCAGUAUAAUCGUGGCUAUUUAAAUGUAAAAUGUAUGUGUUGUAAUUCUAGAUAAGAAAUGAACAUAUGACAAAUUUGAUGAGAGGGCCUAUUGAAAAAAAAGUUACGGUAAUUUUACAAGAAUGUUUGAAAUGAAAGAACAAAUCCAGUAAAGAUGGUUGCAGUUUGAUGACAAAAUUCCAGAAUUGCAGCAUGAGACAGUUAUAGGAUAGCAUGUAUAUUGAUAUACACAUAAGUGCUGGAAAUGAAUAAAUCAAUGCGGGAGAGGUGCUUGCAGUGUAUUGGCAGUAUCCUAGAAUCCAGGCAUCAGAUAUAUUUGAUAUAUUGAAAACAGCCAAUAUCUGAUAGGAAAUCGGGCAUAUGCUUUCGCGGUGUAGGAAAGGUUUUCACAAACAAGGGACACAAGUUGGCAGAGAGGAUUAUUUACAUUUCAACUGUGUAUGAUUCACAUGUCGGACUGAACAUGGAAUUUUUCAAUUCGUGUUUUUUUUUGCUUUGUUAAAAAAGGUCAGUGAAACCGAUGUAUAUGUUUCAACUCUACUCAAAUACAGAUCUCAUAGCUUUCAUCUGUAAGGGGAAAAAAAGUUGUAAUACUAUUUCAUACAUGUGUCAUAUAGGUACCUUGUAUAUUCUGUCUAUGUUGUUAUGUAAUCAACAGACUUUUCAUAAUGUUCAUUCCAUUUGAUUUAGAAUAGAUUGACAUUCACACGGAAUGGCAUUAAGAAUUAAUAAACAUAAUAAAUGCUGUAUAAUAUAGUGUUUGAUAUGUAUAAAAUGUAUUGAAAAAAAUAUGUACAUAUGUAUCAAUAUGUGAAUUUAACAUGCAUUUUUUUUCAAAUUGUCAUUUACUGAUAUUAACAUUUUUACAUUCUUUGUUUUUAAUAUAUAUAUAAAUGUUUUACUCUAGUAGCAUUUUAAAGUCAAAGGAUGUUUGGUUUUAUUUAUUUUACAUUGCGAAAUACACCUUGACAGCGAUUAGAGUGUUGUAAAAAAUAGAUCGUGUUGGAAAAUGUGGUCUUUAAUUUUGGUGAGAGAAAUAUAGACAGUUCUGUUUUUUUACAUGUAAAUAUUUUUGCUCAAUAAUUUCCAUUAUCUUAGAAGAUUUUAUUUCAAUUCAGACAAAUCCAUUCAAAUUAGAUAUUGUGUUUAAAGACAUUGGUAUAGAAUAAUUUCAUCGACAUUUGUAUCACUCGAGUCCUGUAAUUUAUCACAAACAUUACUGAUUUUAUGUUGCUUGUUUAUUUAUGGGAGUGCACUAGUAACGACAAUUGCCAUGCAGUCAUGUAAAUCUUGUAUGCUUUUUCGACAUUCUUGACAUAUGUGUGCAUACCUGGCUUUCUGUACCUGUCGAGGAAUGCUGAAAUCAUUAUAUGAGCCGCACCAUGACAAAACCAACAUAGUGCAUUUAAGACCAGCAUCCGCACAGUCUGGUCAGGAUCUAUACUGUUCGCUUUCAAAGCCUAUUGCAAUUAGAGAAACCAUUAGCGAACAGCAUGGAUCCUGACCAGACUGCACGGAUGCGCAGGCUGGUCUAGAUCCUUGCUGGUCGCAAAUGCUGGUUUUCUCAUGGUGUGGCUUAUAUACAGAAAAUGCGUAAUUGAUAGGAAAUUGAUGAUUGUCAUGACAGACCCACUACCUAUAAGGAAGGUUCAGAGCAUUUAUGGACAGAAAGUCCUUCCAGUUAUGAUGUAAAACAUAUUUUUCACAUCUCAUUGAUAUGCAUAGAGAAGGCAAAUGGAUUGUUUCUAACUUUGAUAAGGUCUGCACAAUGCUGACCUGAUUAUACUAUAGGUAUGCCAGUAAUACUUAACAAAUAAUCAAGGCCUUCGAGUUGUUUAUCGUCUUGAUUUACCACGGUUCAGAGUUCAGAUGCGUAGGAAUUGAACCAUGAGGGUGUUAGCCCUUGUGGUAUAAUACUGAAGCAUCUGAACGAUGAACGAUAGUAAAUUAGACGAUAAAUCACUAGAAGGCCUUGUUUGUUUUCAUUCUGACAUGCUCAUUGAUAUAUUUUAAUAAACAUUAUGCUGGACUUCAUUUACAUGAGGAGUAAUGUAUCGGACGUCAUGCGGCAAUUUUACAUCAUAGUGCACUCUUACCGGUCCGGGCGUCAACCGUUGUUUAUCGCAGAAUAUACAGAGCUUGAUUUUCUUCUUUGUUUAACUGGAAAUCAAAUCGAGCCAUGUUAGAAUGCUGUAAAAUUUGAUAUUCCACUUUCUAUAUUUUAUUAAAUUUAACCACCAACUCAGUAAACUGUUUUAGUGUUUGAUGGUUGGAUUUUUAAUGGGACAAUUGUGACAUGCUUUUGCGACUUUUCAAAUUGUCAGAUGAAAUUUUUAUUGCCAGAUUUUGCUUGGUAAAAUGUCUCCUUUCUGUUCCAAUUAAUUUGCUCACUAAAAUAGUACAUAAAAAUCAUGGAUCUAUUUCAUUGAAAAAAAGAGCUGAAUAUCCUUUUAAACUUAUCCAGUAUGUAUGUGGUGAUUGCAAAAAAUGAAGAAAGAGUGAUUCCAUAAAAGAGUUAAAUUCAAAGAUGUACAAGUAAACAAUUGAUAAUGUAUAAGGUCAAUAACAGCAACAAGUUCUUUUUAAAAAUGAUCGACUUGCAGCAGCCAUAUUGUAUGAAUUCUUUAUAAAAAAAUCCAUAUUUGGCUAUAAAUGUUACAUUUCAUAUCUGUAUAAUUCAUUUGGCAUUACUUAAGAAAGGUUAAACCUAAAAAGAUAUUUUAGGAAAACUUUGGCAUUUUUGUGUGAAGAAUCUGGGUUAUUGUUGUUUUGGAUAUGUUGCUUGAUUCAUACUGGAAAAAAAGUAAAUUAUUGCAGUGUCCUGUGAUGCUUUUUGGGUUUCUUAAGAAAUGGGAGAAUUUUCAUUGAAAUAUUUAGCUUUGAAAUAAGGAAAGCAAAUUCCUGUUUCAAACAGUUUACUCUAUAUCUAAAUUUGUUGGAUUUAAGGAGGUUGAAAAAGGUACAAAAACUUGAACAAAAUUGUUCCAGUUAUUUACUUUUGGUAACAAUUUAGUAAAUGGAAGUUGAAGUAUGUCUUAUUUGUAAGUUAAUGAAUUGGUGCCAUAUGAACUUUCAAUACAUAUUUCUUCAUAGCUACAAACUCGGCUUUAUAAUGUUUUUCUUAGUCGCUGUUAAAAACUGAGUUUUGGGACCAGUCUUAAUACUCCAUACUCUGAUUGGUUGCUUCUUGGGACAAUCUUGGAAUUGACCAAUGGAAAAGUGGCAUUUUAAGACUGGUCUCUAAUAUCAGUUUGGUAAUUUUGAAGUGGUCUUUAAUCUCAAUUUUGUAACACUGAAGCAAGAUUUACACACAAAAACUCACAAAUUAGCAUGAAAAUUCUUUUACUGCUGAUUUUCAGCUACAGUUGUUAAGUUCAUUAGACUGCUCUUGUUUAAAGACUUGCAAAACUUUUUUGAUCUCUUCAGUUGCUGAAUGCAAUCAAAAUUCAUUGAAACAGAAAUCCUUGCUUUGUUUUUCUUAGAAGUAAGACUUGAAAACAUGAGUCUUUGAAUGAAAUGUUCAGCAUGAUUGUGCUAAUAUAUAUAUAUAUAUAUUUAUGUAUUCUUGCAUUUUGUUUAGAAAGGUAAUGUGAUAAACUGUAAACCUGAAAACAAUUUCUUGCUUUUCAAGUUAGCGAAAUUCACAAGGACAGUAUACUUAGAAACUUUAAAUCUUGUCUAGCUAUGUAAAAUAUUUUUAAAAUUGCCAAGACAUGAACGUUUAGAAUCAUGUAAAGGUCAAUGGAAGGAAAAAUGCAAAAUUUUACUGUAGCAAACACUGCUAGAUUUACAGUACACAGCACUUCUGACAAUAGCCCACUGUGGCUUGGUGGGCUCAGUUAAGUGUAGUUGAAGUGUCUGUGUUAGCAAAUGAGAUCAUCUUAGAGAUGUAUAUCUAUCUUGACAUACAUGUUCAAAAGUAUUGAGGAUACUAUAACUUUCUCAAUUAAAUGUUUUUAUAAGUAACAAUUGCUUAUAAUAAUGUUUUUUUUUUUAAAAUAACAAUUUAACCCAUACCACGCUGAACACGACUGAUUCUGCCUUUGCGACCAGUGUAGACCAAGAUCAGCUUGCACAUCUGUGCAGUCUGAUCAUGGUCUGCACUGUUUGCUAUUCAGUCAGUAAAUUUUCCAUAAACACUCCUUCAAAUGAUAAAUGGUACUGCCCUAAUUGGAAGAUGGACCAGUCCAUUAUAGAAAUAUAGCAUGGUAAGGGUUAACCAGCUAAUAAAAAGGCUGCAGGUCUAUGGUAUGUUAGAUGUUGCGGAUGCCAAGUAAUAUAAAAUUAUGAAGCAUUCUCAGAGGUUUAAUGUUUUCCAGUUUUUAAGUUUGCAAAUUUGAAAAAAGUUCUUGAAAAAUUCAUUUACAAUCAAGUUCCAGUCUUAUCUUUCAGACUUCCUUUAGUCUUUCUGUUUCGGUCUACAGGACAUACAUUAUAACCAUAAAUCUAUCACAGCUGAAAAUUAAAUACAAUGAACAAAGCUCAAAAUGAAAUAAAUGCUGUAAAUUAUUGGCAGAGAAAUGCUGGAGAUUUUCACAUUUUUUUACAGAUUAAGUGUGAGAACUCUAGAAAUUGCAAAUAGACCAUUGUCCCACAAAUUUAAAGGUAAAAGUGACUGGAAUUUUCCCCAAUCUAUUAUGUAAAUAAUAUGAUACUUUUCUGAAACUUGCAGUUAAUUCCUUUGUUUUUCUUUCCACACUUCUACAUGGUUUGCUGAAUGUAUAUUUUUAUCUUGCCAUACAUUGCUAGUGUUAAAUGGUUAAAUGUUGUAUUACCUCAUUGAUAAUUUUGAUUUUAAUGCGAUUUUAUGUUAUCCUGAAUUAGCAGUCUUUCAAUUUUAUCUAGUAUUUCAAUUGAUCAAUUUAGUUUUUAAAGCCGCUGUCCUGAAAGUAAAGUUUAAGAUGUACAUGGGCUGAUAAAUGAAAUGUGAGCAAGGGAAUUUUAGAGUAGAAUAUAUGUUGUAAAUGUAAAAGGACGUUAAUAUUUGAUAAAAUUUUGAUUAAAGUUUUGAAGUGAAAUACAUUAUUAAUACAUGUGUGUAAAUAACAGAUGCUAAAUAUACUGUUAAGAUACUGGUAUCUGUUCUGUUCAUACAAUGGAGAUAGUUUAUAUGAUGUGGUGCAAAAGUAUGUAUGGAGUGAAAUUGGCCGGUAUGAGAAUCACAUUUUGUCACCUUAGCGCAAAAAGUGGAUAACUGCGUUGACAUAUAGAAGACACUUAUCCACUUAGUCAGCAGAGGUGAUGCAUUUUGGGUAAAUAUGGAACAAACAUUCUUUAAACUGCUUUUCUAGAUCGGUACUUUUUAUUGAAUUAACUAGAGUUAUAUAGAUGUUUCCAUAUUUUCUUUAUGUACAUUAUUUGUUAAAGUAAAAACUGAAAACUAUUUACUGUGAUUUUUAGCUUUUAUCAUGCAUACUGUUAUUUAUUUUGGAUUUAUUCAAACCAUUUUCAAUCCUGUAUGUGAAAAAAAAAUAAGAAUAAAUCUAUGCAUAAAACUCAAAA